AUGGAGGAGACCGACAGCGGUUCCGAGUCUGUGGCUCUUUCCACUUGGAAGGGCACCUUGGUAUUCGGAACUCCAGAGCCGGAAUUCAGCUCCUCCGAGGAGAGCGCUGCCGACGUUUUGGAAUCUGUCGAGAAUCCCGAAGCCUACGAGUUCGAGACCCAUGCGAACGAAGACGUGUCGGACGAGGCCCUCGCCCAUCUUCUUCCCGAAAGCGCCGAACAUGAAGAAGAGGAGGUGCUCGACGCGACGUCUCAAGAACCUGUUGCGCCUCUUGCGCAGGAGGCCCAACAGGAUGAGCUACAGCCAGACGUAUCGGACCGACACAGCUCCGAAACGCGGGAUUCCCAGGCAGACUCGCUGCGAACGACGGCCCCCGAGCGCAUACGACCGGUUCGGUUUGAGAUUGUAUUACCAGAAUUGUCGCCAGAAGAGCGUGCGCACUAUCGAGAGGUCCGCAGUGACCGGGUGGAUUUUGUCUACGAGGAGGUUGCAGAACAGCCAUACGACCCUUAUUACAGAAUUGAGUACACAGACGGCAGGCAACAUCUUGUAUCUGAAGUAGACCUUGCAGCGCAGCACGGCGGCAAGACCGCAUUGCGACGUUGGCAUGCUGGGAUCACCCCAGAGGACAUUUUCAAGAUGAGUCGAAGGACCGCCCAUAAGCGAUCCUGGGAGGAUGGUACCGAAGAAGACAGUGCUUCAUCCGGAUCCCUUGACGACACGAUGGACGUCGAUGACGACGAUGAGGAGCGCAUGCGUACGCUUCACAAACGACAACGAACCUCGGCUCGUGCAAGUACGAGUCGUACUAUCCCUUUCUCUAGCGACGAGGACGAGGCCACUGCGCCGGCACCACCCGCUCGCCAGCUUCGCGAUCGCCAGCCGAGGCAAUUGAAGCUCACAAAAAUGGCAUUCGCAAAUGGCAACUCUUUCGGUGACGAUGAUGAUGAACUCGCUUUGGCAAACUCGCUCCACCAAUCAGACGGAGAAGACGACGACUUUCAGCUCAUCACUUCCGAUGUGGUUCCAAGGACAGGCCGAGGAAGAAAGAGUCUCAAAAGGCUGAAGCCGUCUCGAUCCAACUACGCGGCACGCAGCUCUCGAGAUUCCUCUAUCGAAUUCGAAGAUGACCGGCGCCGUUCGGGAAGGUCAACGAGAAACACCAAAAACAUGACAGACCUUACGGCGAUGGAUGAUGACUUGUCCUCGGCCGAAGAGGGCAAGACUACCACAGCACCCAAAGUCAUCAGCAUCAAGGAAGUUUUCAAGCCAUUGCCGCCCGACUCUGACUUCUCGGAGUACCACGUCAGUGUCUGUGACGUGUGCAACCAGGGCUCAGUCUCCAGCAAAGGUCAAAUGAUUGGCUGCCAGGGAUGUUCGCUGUCUUUCCACAAGGGUUGCAUCAAUUCACGCGCGCAACGCGACCACAUGGCGACCAAGGUCGGCGACGAUAGCUUCGUCUUGCAGUGCAAAUGGUGCAUAGGCAUUUACAGGAAGAAGGACGCGAACGCUCCGCAUCAUGCAAUGUGUCAAUCAUGCAAAGAAGAUGGCAAGGCCUGCAAGCCCUUUUCAAAGAAGAAGACCGCGAGGGAGGAGGAGAAACUACGGCAGGACAACGGUGGCGUCGAUCCCAUCACCAAGGUCGAACCCAAUCUGGUCAACAACUCGGAACUUGUCUUGUUUCGCUGCACGACUUGCAAACGUGGCUGGCAUUUUGAGCACCUCCCAUCGUCGCGUACGGAGUCCGAUGUGGCUGGUACCCGUGAGCAGCGCCUUGCAGAUUACUCCAUUGACUGGAAGUGCGAGGCCUGCAGCCUACGCAAGGACAAAGUCCAUGUUCUCGUCGCCUGGCGGCCAACGGGCAAGGAGGAAGGGGCCAUCGAAGACGGCGAAGCUGCACCGGACUUCAGCAGCUUGCCCGAAGACGGCAAGGAAUAUCUUGUGAAGUGGGCCGACCAUUCUUACUUCCACUGCACGUGGAUGCCUGGUGCUUGGGUGCAUGGGAUCACUGCCGGCGCUAUGAGAACCACAUUCGCCAAGCGGGAUGCCGAACGAAGCCUUCUCAGGAUGAACGAGCAAGACGCCAUCCCUGAAGAGUAUCUCUUGGCAGAUGUUAUAUUGUACGCCAAGGCCGAUACCCAAGCGUCAAGUAAAGCUGCCGAGAUGGCGCGCAUUCACAAGGUUUCCAAGAUAUUCGUCAAGUUCCAAGGACUUGGCUAUGAUGACGCAGUGUGGGAUUCUCCUCCUCCCCCUGAAUCCGGUCGUCCUUAUGAGGCUUUCAAGGAGGCCUAUGAGGAGUAUCUCUGUGGAAAGUACUUCGCUCCUGGCGUCGGACCCAAGAUGCAAGAGCGAGUGAGAGCUUGGAAGCGUAAGGAGUUUGUCGAACUCAAGGCACAGCCUCGUGGCAUCAAGCGAGGAAAACUCAUGAAGUAUCAAGAAGAGGGUGUCAACUGGAUGCUUUCGAGCUACCACACUGGCCGCAAUGUCAUUCUGGCAGACGAGAUGGGCCUCGGCAAGACUGUUCAAGUGGUGAGCCUGAUCACGACAUUGAUCCAGGAUAGCCCACAGUGUUGGCCAUUCAUGGUGGUGGUGCCCAACUCGACAUGUCCCAACUGGCGUCGCGAGAUAAAAUUCUGGGCCCCUGAUCUGCGUGUAGUUACCUACCACGGAGGACGCCAAGCGCAAGACUUAGCUUACAAGUAUGAGCUCUUUCCUGACGGCGCCAAAGAUAUGAAGGCACAUAUUGUCGUCAUGUCCUACGACUCGGCCCAAGAUGACCGGACAAAGUCAUUGUUUCGCUCAGUGUCGUGGGCUGGACUUGUGGUUGAUGAAGGCCAGCGACUGAAGAACGAUCAAAACCUGCUUUACCUCGCCCUCAAAUCGAUGAGCUUCCCCUUUCGAUUGCUUCUGACGGGAACGCCCCUGCAGAAUAACAAGCGAGAACUCUUCAAUCUGCUGCAGUUCGUCGACACGGCGCACAGCGCUGCCAAGCUUGAUGAAGAGUAUGCCGAGCUGAACGCAACCAACCUGCCAAAGCUACACGAGAAGAUCCGCCCGUAUUUCCUGCGGCGCACCAAGGCGCAAGUGCUCAAGUUCUUGCCGCCCAUGGCGCAGAUCAUCUUGCCGGUUUCCAUGACGAUUCUCCAGGAGAAGCUCUGCAAGUCGAUCAUGGCGAAAAGUCCAGAGCUCAUCAAGGCCAUCUUUGCAGACGACAAAAUCAAGAAGACGAAAGACCGCGGCAGCCUCAACAACAUUCUAAUGCAGCUUCGCAAAUGUCUGUGUCACCCUUUCAUCUACAGCCAAGCCAUCGAGGAGAGGUCAGACGACCCCAUAGUCACGCAGCGCAACCUCAUCUCUGCUUCAGCCAAGCUUCUUCUGCUUGAAAUCAUGCUACCCAAGCUCAAAGAACGUGGCCACCGCGUGCUGCUGUUCAGCCAGUUUCUCAACCAGCUUGACAUUGUUGAGGAUUAUCUCACUGGACGAGGGUACGAUUUCCGGCGACUGGACGGCUCCAUUUCCAGCUUAGAAAAGCAGCGACGUAUCGACGCUUUCAACGCGCCUGAUUCGCCCGUCUUUGCUUUCCUACUGUCGACCAGAGCUGGAGGUGUCGGCAUCAAUCUUGCCACAGCCGAUACAGUCAUCAUCUUAGACCCUGAUUUCAACCCACACCAGGACUUGCAAGCUCUCUCUCGAGCACACCGAAUUGGCCAGAAGAACAAAGUACUAUGCUUCCAGCUAAUGACAAAGAACUCGGUGGAAGAAAAGAUCAUGCAGAUCGGACGCAAAAAGAUGGCUUUGGACCAUGUUCUCAUCGAAUCCAUGGACAACGAGAACGACGCAGGCGAUGAUCUGGAGUCAAUCCUCAAGUUUGGAGCCUCGGCCCUAUUCAGCGACGAGCAGGACCAGAAAGAUAUUAUUCGAUACGAUGACGCCAGUGUGGACAAGUUGCUCGACCGCACGCAGAUCGAGCAGGCCAAACCCGAUGAAAGCGGCUCAGGCGAGUCGCAGUUCUCUUUUGCCAAAGUCUGGGCCAAUGACAAAGGGACUUUUGAGGAUGACAUGGCAGAACACGAGGACCCCACCCUUAACCCAAGUAUAUGGGAAGACAUUCUGGCCGAACGUGAAGCCGUGGCGCAGAAACUCGCAGAGGCGGAAAAGGUGGUGUUGGGACGGGGAGGGCGACGUCGAACAGCCAUCAACUAUCGCACUAAUGAGGCGAAUGAUGCCGCAGGACGUACCGAGCUGGACGGUUCUGAUGUCGAUGGCGACUUUAACGCUGAUACGGAUGAAGACGAAGAAAGUGCAGGUGAAAACGAAGCAUUUCCGGAUGUUGGUAUCACUGACCUCGCCGGCAUCAUGCCCCGGAGAGCUGCCAUUGUAAACGACGCCGCUCCAGCACCGCCAGUUGUCGUUGUCGGGAGCAAGAAAAGGGGUCGGCCGCGCAAGACGGACACACCACAAGGAGAGCGCGCCAAAGACCCCAAGGCCAAGAACUCGGAUUCGAAGCAGCCUGCGGUGCAGAACACAAUACUCUCGAAUCGACCACAAGUCGUUACUCACCAGAACAACCCCCGAGUCCACAACGGCAUUAGCCCUCUUUGGGCCUCAACCGCCCUUUUCGUGCCUGGCCAGAAGAUUCUGUCCAGUAAUGCGCCAUUCCAAGCAGGGCCGUCAUAUCAGAACACUCGACAAGAUGACCAGCAUAACCAGCACCAGUCUCCGUUCUUCAACUUUCCACCAAAUCAGUCCCCGGGACUACCGCAACAAAAUUUUCAUCCACAAACCCAAGGAAGGCUAAGCGGCACAGGACAAGCCUCUCAUGAUCCGUGGCAGGGCCAUGCACGACAGGCGAUCGUGAAAACCACGUUCCCAAGCCCCCGGGUUUCCGAAGCGACCAAGCCCGCUCUUCCGGAUAUGGCUUACAAGACCAAGAUCCCAGGGCUAACCCUUGAAGCGGCUCUCAAGGUCUCCAAGCAAAUGAUUACACGAAUACCACCGCACCGCGGUCCCCCCAAGAGACAACCAACAAAGACUACCCUUGCGGACAUGAAGUGUACAGGCUGUCUGGGCGACCAUCUGACAUCGGCCUGCAGCAGACGGUUGACAGAGACUCAGAUCCGGAUGGCUCUAGAUGAACUUGCGCAAAUGCCAGAUAACUCCCUCGUCGCCCUCGAGCAACAUGAGCUCAAGCAGCGCUUGCUGUCGAUACCGGUAUGA